AUGGCUAGCAUCUCACUCGGAGCUUGUUCCAGCCAACUCUGCCAGCAUCAGCAUCAGCAUCAUCAGCAUAAGCACCAGCAUCAGCAUCAGCUCAGCAUCAUCAGCAUCAGCAUCAGCAUCAGCAUCAGCAUCAGCACCAGCACCAGCACCAGCAUCAGCAUCAGCUCAGCAUCAUCAGCAUCAGCAUCAGCAUCAGCAUCAGCAUCAGCUCAGCAUCAUCAGCAUCAGCAUCAGCAUCAGCACCAGCAUCAGCAUCAGCUCAGCAUCAUCAGCAUCAGCACCAGCACCAGCACCAGCAUCAACAUCAGCAUCAGCAUCAGCAUCAGCACGAACGGCACAACCCACAGGAGUGCCUGUCACAUCCGACCGACAACAUUCGGAGGCGUCGUGAUCGAAGGAGCAGCAGCGCAGCCGCCACGAUGCAAUGAGCAAGAUGUCGCGCGGAUGGAUCCCUUCUCGCCCGUUUCGCCGGCGCAUAUCCGCGUGCUCGUGCUGCCUGUGGGAGACAUAGAGCGCCAGCGCUUCCUGCGGCUGUUGCAACGACUGCAGGCUGAGGCGAGCAUCAUCCCGCUGGCCGACGUGGAGCAGAAGACGCAGACGCAGGACAAUGGCUUCUUCCUCUCGCCGAAAUUGUCGCCACGAGGCUCGCUACUUUACCGCUUUUCCUCGGCGGCACCCUCCGAGCAGCAACAGCCGCUGUCGCCCUUCGAGCUGUUCCGAGACGCCUUGCUGGUCAUUGGAGUAGUCGACGGCGCGCAGAAGAAGGACGAAGAUGGAGCGGAAGAGCUGGGUCGCGCAGCAGCAUACCUGAAGGAGCGUCACCCUCGUGUCGUUCACCGCCAGCUCAUAGUGCUGAAGGAAGCUGGUGACAAGGCCUCCACGGAUAUCACAAACACUGUCGAUGUCUACAAUCUCGAAGACGAUAAUGAUGCGUCGCUUAGAUCCGCUGUCUGCGAGCUGUCGGCUAGGCUCCUGGUCGAGUUCGCUACGUAUGCGAAGGCAGUAUUUGCUUCACCGACCAUUCAGACACCAGGUCAGACAGCUCGCAGCUUGCAGACGACGACGUCUUUGCGUGAAGGUGAGAAGCGACUAAGCUCGGGUCGCAGCACGCCAAGUCAAAGCGUAGAUCUGUCGAGUCCGACUGAUGAAGGCAGUCCCGCAUCGGCGCCAUCUUCGCGAGCGCCGCCUUUACCUGCAACGUCCUUCGAUCAGAUACCCAGUGCCAAUUUACCCAGCGCUCGGCCCGAAAGCAGGUCUAGUAACCCUGCCGCUAAGGUCAAGAGCAGUGGACGAGCUUCCAGUCAGGACCGCGUCUCUGUGCAAGGCUUCGGGUCCAAUACCUCGCAAGAGAAAGCACGCUCGCGUGGCAAGGCACGAGUUGGAAUCGUAUACGGCUCGAUUCACAUGCUUGCCGGACAUUGGAGUGAAGCCCUGCGAACCAUGCUCGAUCACACGACUACCUUGCGCAAACUCUCCGAUCAUUUGUGGUAUGCAAAGGGUCUUGAGAACAUGAUGGUCUGCAUGAUACUCCUUGCUUGGUCCGGCGUAGACUUCUCUGUUCCAUCGAUAUGCGACCCUGUGGCAGAUCGCUCUAGCUCAGCCAGUGCCGCUCGUAUUGCAGCAGAGACCAGGGCCGCAGCUGAAGGAACAAAACAGCAGCUCCAACUGUUCCGCCUUUCAGCAGCUCUUCCUGAGCUCACGAGGCUAAUUCUCAGCUUGUAUCGUUCCACGGAAGGUGCUCUUGAGCUGCCAUAUCUCAUUGUAGCCGAAGCUUCUGUUCGCGUUGCAAAGCUUUUGACAAAGCUGAAUUCGGUCCAAGGCCACGCAAGUCCCGCAAUGUUGAGACAGCUUAUUGGCAGCCAGAAACAUUUCGAUGAGACGGCUUCGUCACAUAACCCAGCGUCGAAUCGAGCUUCGAGUUUGGCGAGUUCCAGAAUAUCCAAGGCUGCAGUCGCGGAUAUCCUCGCCCAAGCCUUGCCAUUCGAAGAUGACGGUCUAUCGGCCGCAGACAGCAUAAGACUACUCGCAGCAAUAGCAUCGUCGUAUUCUGCACUAGGCAUGGCACGCAAGAAAGCCAUCACAAUCAAAGAACUUGUAGGCAGACUGACCAGCGCUCUUGUUCAAGCCAGGAAGCUUGGCGCGGCAGAGAUGGGCAUACAUCCAGCCGCAAGUCUCUCUGUCGAUGCAGGUACGGACACUCUAUUAUCCACUGCAGAAGAGACUAGCGGCAUCAAAGACCUCAUGGCAGAUGUGUCCGCGAUCUACGGUGCUCGAUUUGAAACGCAACGGCGAGUAGAAGAAGACGUCUCAUAUCUGGACAUGCAACUUUUCGGGAGCCAGGCUCUACAGUUGGCCCUGUUGAGACAACUCACAGGUCUCUGCGAAGCGUCGCCAGAUCCGCAGGGUGUGCUAUGGUUAACAUCAUCUCUACUCAGGACAGCAGGCGCCAAUGCUGCCGUCGAUGCUGUUCCAUACAAAUCAGCAGCGAACAAAUUCUCGAAGGAGGAGCAAAUGCAUUAUGCCGCUGUCAUUCAUCGCACGGUCGCCGUCUCCAAGAACCUCGGACUCACAGAUGCUCGGGCGACAUACUGGGACCCUUUUCUGGUCCGUGGAGUUGAGCUUCUACACCUCCGAGGCCCACAGGCUGUCAUCGACCGGUCCAAGCUGAGCCAAGCAGAUCUAACAGGACAGGUUGGUCCAGGCAAUCCUCUUUUGUAUGACCCUAACGCCAGCCGUCCGGGCACGGCAGUAGCGCCAAUUUCGGUGCUAGUGCAGGGCGAAACGUCCGCCUGUUUGGUCACCCUCCAGAACCCCUUCGACAUUCCAGUGGAUAUUGAAGAGCUAGAACUGGUCACCGAGGGCGUGGAGUUGUCGUGUUAUCACGAGCCUGUAACUCUCGGUCCGCUACGCCUCCAGCAGAUUACCCUCUCGAUAACACCAAAGUCUGCAGGAGAUUUGAAAGUGACAGGCUGCAGAAUCAGGAUGCAGGGCUGUCAGGCACAGAUAUUCCCGAUCGUGGACGAGGCAUGGUCUCCAUCCGCUCCACAGACUGUCAAGGCUUUGGGUCUCGAGGCUGUCUCUACGUCGCACCAAGGAGAAUCGAGACAUGACUUGGGAAGCAUAGGCAUUGUCCCGGGCACUGUGUCUGCCACUGUCAUCGGCUCUCUUCCGACUCUUCUCCUCGAGCCCGACUCAGUUCCCGAAAAUGGUCUUAUGUUAUUGGAGGGCGAGGAACGAAGCUUGAGCAUCACAUUGAGCAACAAUAGUACCACGGCAGCUUAUGUCUUUGAGAUCUCGGACACUGCGAAUGUCGUGAACCAGACUCACCAAUCAAGUGCUGAUGGUGAGGCAGGCGCUUCGACAUCAGCUUUAGCCGAAUCGAAUGCAUCACAGACCGUCCUUGAGCCAGGCGAGAGCACAGCAUUUGAACUUCAGCUGUGCGGCAAAGCCGGUUUGUCUUUUACACAAGUCAAUUUCUUCUACUGCGCGAAUGGAUCCGGUCAUCCCCGAUCUGCGCGAGUGGUUUCCGCACCAAUCAGCAUGACUGUAAAUGCUGCACUGCAGCUUCACAAUCUAGAGAUUACCCCAGCUCAAAGCGAUGAGGACGGUACGCUGGUGGUCUCGUACGAUGUCCGCAAUGCAUGGCCGAGAUCCAUCUCCUACAUUUGCAGCUUCGAUGGCGGCGCCCACUCGAAGCCUCGCACGGUCGACAAGGAUGACAUGGACACACCCAUCACGCCGGGAGAAGUCCGUCGUGUCCAUAUGAUUGUGCCGCAUCUCGACAGUAAUGAUACGAGUGACGAUGAUGCGAAGUCAGUGCAGGCGCGGUUCCUGGAUCGUCUGCAUGUAGCGUGGCACGUCGAUCAGCGCAGCGGUGUCGCCGAUGUCCACGGCUUGUCACUAUCGUCCGAGGCAAUUGAGCUUGUUCGCAGCAAGCCAAUCCGUCUCUCUGUUACGACCCAAGAGAAGGUAUGCAAAGUCGGAGAUUUCAUCAGCAUCCGAACCAAGAUCACAAAUCAAGAGAGGAGCAGAUCCGGCCCUUUGCUGGUUCGGCUGUCACCUCGGGGUCCAGAGACUGGGCGUGAUGAAAAACGUAUGGCUGUGGCUGGCACGUUGCAGCGAGUCCUUCCGCCUCUCGAGCAAGGUGCAGAAAGCGUUGUUGACUUUACUGUGUGCCCGUUGCUUGCUGGCACCAUGGAAUUGGAUGCGGUGGUACAGCCUGUGAGGAUUGGCGCCUAUGCUAAUACCAGACAGUGGCAUAGCAGCAAGUCUCUUUCUAUCAAGAUUGAGACUGCUUAA